UUGAUCUUUUGAUUUUUUGAAGUUUUUUUAAUAUCACCACGUCAGCUCGAUAGUUAUUGAUGAUGCUUUAACACAAACUCAAAGUUUAGUAGGUCUCUGGGUCUUUAGCAGACAAUUUUUUCGCACCGUUUUACGUUCUUGUCACCUUGUGUAGAAAUUACAGUACGUGGCUGACUAAUCUCUGCUGGUAUUCUGAAUACAUCUCGAACGUUUACAACUUUACUGUUUAGUGUUUACAACUUGGAACUUCCAAGUUGGAAGCUGAGGAAGCGCUUGAAGAAACAUCAUGAAUGAUGAAGAUAUCGUUGUGCACAAUAUAGACGCAGCGAAGAACGCUCAUAAUCUUUGAUUUUUAUAAUCUUAUGAUUCUUACUGAUCCGGAUGUGAUUCGUUUUUUGAUUCGGAGAUUUCUUUUGCCUUGUGACGUUUGCGGAACCGAUCAUCGGACUGAUUUGUGGUCUAAUAUUCUGUGAUUUAUUUAUCGGAAGACGAAAGGUACUGGAGACUAUCGUAGUUUGUUGCUUAACUCAGCUAAUAUUGUUCAUCCUUUGUGACCAUGGAUUCUACAACUAUCGAUAUCAGUGGGAAUAUGGAAAUCCCGAAGAGCACUGGCGGUAUGGGAGCAGCGUCGGGAAUGAUCCCGGGAUCUGCGCCAGCUCCCGCUGCUGAUCCUAUUGGGAGUCAUCCGGCCUUUGCCGCGGCGGGCUUUGCUAACAACGUGAUCGUCAGAAAGUUAUGGAGCGGACUGCAGAGCGUUCGCGAAAUACCUUUAAUCAAGCAGACCACGUCAACAGGUCGCCAGAAUAUGCGAUCGUGGUUUGAAUUCGGCAAUUAUAAACGAUUCCGUAAACCGACUGUCAACAAGCUCCUCUCCAAAGAAUACUACACCGGACGGUUAUUCCGGAAUAUCCAACAUUUCCAUGUGAACUACAUCUGUAUUUUCCUCAUCUUAUUCAUUUACUGCGUAUUGACAUCGCCUUUACUGCUGAUUGCGCUGUUUGCCUCCGGUGGAUUAUUCUACUAUGCCAGCGCCAAAAAUUCUGUCAGAAAAAUAGCGAUUGCAGGUCGUGAGAUUACCCUUUUUCAUCAGUACUGCGUUAUCGGAGUACUGUCAUUGUUGAUGUUCUAUUUGGUCGGAGCUGGCGGGACCUUCAUGACGGUGCUGACAUUGUCCCUCUUCAUUAUGUUGCUACACGCAGCCUUUUUCAGCAUAGAAGAUGACGGACAGGAAUAUGCAUUCCAGCUGGAGGAAGUGUAAUUGGAGGAAUGCGAGACCUUGUUGUCAGUGUUAAUACUUGCCUCGGUGAAGCGCUGAUGGGAAAAUCGGUAGACUGUAGAGUGUAUAGUGCGUUCAAGUGGAACUAAGCGCUGAUUGGAUGUUUACUGCAUUCAUACAUUUUCUAAUGACUGACCUUUUUUGGCCUUUUGGUUAAUGUCCAAAGUAUGGUGCUGCUGUUACUGGUUGCUGGAGAAGCUUUUUAAAGUACUUACUUGUGUCUAAAAAUUUUGGCUGGAUAUGUAUUGCUUCUUUACCAUUAGUAAAGAUUUCAACAUCUG